CACAUUAAUGACGAAUCUUUGUGCAUCUAAUGAAACUAAUGAGACAAAUGCUGAACAAGAAGUUAUCGAAAAAAUUUCGUCAAUAAAUCCUGUUCCAGUGCCGGCCAGGCUGCCACGUCAACAACGACAACAAUUAUCACAACAGCAGCAGAAGCAGCAAGAUUCGCCCAUAAAUUCGGCUAUCGAAAUGUUGAACAUGGUCACAAAAUUUACAACACAAACAAAUGAAAUGUAUCAGGCUGCACAGAAAUUGGCAAAAGAAAAUGGUUUCGGUAAUGGUAUGGUCGAUCCAAUAACAUUCAUACCAAGUAUCAUAAUCUAUGGUGCCAUAAAAAUCGUUUCCUAUUUGGUAUCCACAUUUAUUUAUGCUAGUUCAUUGAUUGCUCCAUGGCAAAUGGAUCCGAAUGCAAAAAUUUCAUUUAUCGAUCUAGAAUCAUUGAAUAAUAUUGAUUAUGAUACUAUUUCGAAUUCGGUACGAUCAGUCCCGGAACGUUCAUUUAAAUUGCUGGACAUUCGUGAAGAGGAAUGUAAAUCGCGUGCUAUGUGUGAAAUUGGUCAACAUAUCCAUAGUUAUUGGCCUCGUGUGGCUACUUAUAUUCGUUUAGCCGUUGAUCAAUUGAACGUUGCAAGUGAUGAUAAUAAUACAAUGGCAAUGUUACGUGGACUUGGUUGGGCCGAUUGUGAAGAAACAUUUCGACAAUCACAAUGUCAACGUUCACCAUUUAGAAAAUUUUAUCAGAUUCUAACAUCAUUGCAAAAAUUACUUCAACAACAUUAUUAUCAAUAUUAG